AUGUGCUCCAGCAGAUUUCAGCCCCGGAAUCUCCCCUGUCACCAAGAGAACCUGCUGCUCCUGCUGCUGAUGCAGAUAGAUGCUCUGGAAAGUAGGGUUUCUGAGUAUGAGAUCAGAAAUCGCCCCAUUUAUUUUAAGCUUAUGGCAAGAAAUGGGCUUCCGAGUGGAUUGACAAAUGCCAUACUAUUUGUUCUGUCAGUUUUUUUCAGGAAGAUCAUCAUCAUGCAACUAGUAGGGCUGGUGCUAACUCACAGCUUCACUAACUGUAACUUUGGGAAGAUUAGAGCCAUAUAUGAGAAUAUCAUUUAUUUUGACCUGAAGAAAUAUAUGGAGGGGACCAAAAGCACCCAGUUCAACCCCACCGUGUCCUGUUAUAAUCCGGUGAGUAAAGUAGCCAGUAGUUCAUGCGAGAACCGGGCAUCCUUCCAUGUUCUGCUGUGUGCUGCGUCCCGAGCGAUGCUGGCUCCCGGGGGCGACACCGGCGGGGACGGCGACCCCCUCGGCGGGCAGCUUUGGGAGCAGUCAGAGUGCCUCACUAUAAUCGAACGCGACACUUUCACUCCCACCCACGGCUGUGAGUCCUUUCCCACCGAAGAGUUCUCCAAAAAAACCAGGGUCGCUCUCGCUUCCCAGUGCCCUGGCUACUCCAGAACUCAGAUAAGCAGUACCCAGAAAAUGAAGACAAAGGAAAAAGAAGUCAUCACCAGGAAGUGCCUGGAAAAAGCCGCGCAUUUACUAGGAUUGUGGCGUCGGUUUAGCCGGUUUUAAGAAAAGAAACCAUCUUUAUCAUAGUCAUAUUUCGCAGAACUGAAAUCAUCUCUAUUAAAUGUAUUAAAUGUCACCUUUAACUGUGAUGUUUCAAAGACCACUCAAUAGUUAUUUUUAAUUGCAGAGAUAUGUUAAUUUAUUUUUUUGUAAUUUUUUUGAUUGCUUAAUCUAGAGUUUUGAAUUCAGGACAAGUUCUUUCUGACAAAAGUCCAGGAAAAAUAUCAUAUUGAUGACUGGCUUUCUGGAAGCAAUUUUCAGCUAGGACUGCAGAAGCCUCACUCAGGGAAAACUCCAAAAGUGUAAUAUAAGAACAUUUUCAUUUGGAUAAGGGAAAAUUUUAACUCAAUGAGAGCACUCAAACUUCAGUUUAAAAGAAAGGCAUUUCUAUUUGUGAUGAUACAUUUUGUGUUUUUCUAAGAAAAUUUACAAAAUAAGACAAUGUAAGAAAAAUGUAGCAAAGAAAUUUGAAAGAAUUUUAAAUGAAAUAUUGUAAAAUAUUUUAAGCCAACUUUGGAAAACUGUGCAGCAGAUAGUGGCUUUAUUAAAAAUAUCCUGAAGAAAUACCUUUAUUAUCAUUAUAACGCAUA